CCACAGGCCGGCUCAUCUCAGGGUGGUUCUCCUGGUCUGUCGGUGGUGAAGGUCCUGAGCAGCAGCGAGGUGGCCGCUUUGGCCACUCCGGCUUCUCGUGGGGUCACGGAGGAGAGCCGCAAACUGGAACAUCAGAAGAAGCAGGAGAAGGCCAACCGCAUCGUGGCCGAGGCCAUCGCUCGCGCCCGAGCUCGGGGGGAGCAGAACAUCCCCCGUGUCCUCAACGAGGACGAGUUGCCCAGCGUCCGGCCGGAAGAAGAAGGAGAACGGAAGAGAAGACGGAAAGCCACCGGUGAACGCGGUGGACCUAAAGAGGAGAGGACCCGGAAGGGGAAAGGUCAAGGUGGUGGCGGUGGUGGCAAGAGCAAAGGGCGUAGCAAACCCAGCACCAUCACGCCGGUGGUGGGGAAGAAACGCAAACGCAACGCCUCUUCCGACAACUCGGACGCGGAGGUGAUGCCGGCGCAGUCCCCGCGAGAAGAAGAAGAAACCAGCGUGCAGAAACGAAGAUCUAAUCGUCAAGUGAAGAGGAAGAAGUACACGGAGGAUUUGGACAUCAAGAUCACGGAUGAUGAGGAGGAUGAAGAACUUGACGUGACGGGACCCGUCCGACCUGAGCAACCACCGGUUCCUCAACCACCGGCUCCAGAACCGGAACCGGAGGGCGAGACGUUGCCCUCCAUGCAGUUUUUUGUGGAGAACCCAAGCGAGGAGGACGCCGCCAUCGUGGAUAAGGUCCUCUCCAUGAGGGUGGUGAAGAAAGAGCUUCCAUCGGGUCAGAUGACCGAAUCGGAGGAGUUCUUCGUCAAGUACAAGAACUACUCCUACCUCCACUGCGAGUGGGCCACCAUCGACCAACUGGAGAAGGACAAGAGGAUCCACCAGAAGCUGAAGAGGUUCAAGACGAAGAUGACUCAGAUGCGGCAUUUUUUCCACGAGGAUGAAGAACCCUUCAACCCCGACUACGUCGAGGUGGACCGCAUCUUGGACGAGUCCCACAGCGUGGACAAAGACAACGGGGAGCCGGUGGUCUACUACCUGGUGAAGUGGUGCUCCUUACCCUACGAGGACAGCACUUGGGAGCUGAAGGAGGACGUCGACGAAGGGAAGAUUGGCGAAUUUAAGCGCAUCCAAUCCCGCCACCCCGAGCUCAAGCGCUUGCCCCGUCCUCAAGCUGGUUCCUGGAAGAAGCUGGAGCUCUCCCACGAGUACAAAAACCACAAUCAGCUUCGGGAGUACCAACUGGAAGGGGUCAACUGGUUGCUCUUCAACUGGUACAACAGGCAGAACUGCAUCUUGGCCGACGAGAUGGGGUUGGGCAAGACCAUCCAAUCCAUCGCUUUCUUACAAGAGGUCUACAACGUGGGGAUUCGGGGACCUUUUUUGGUCAUCGCUCCCCUCUCCACCAUCACCAACUGGGAACGGGAGUUCAACACUUGGACGGAGAUGAACAGCAUCGUCUACCACGGCAGUUUGGCCUCGCGGCAGAUGAUCCAACAGUACGAGAUGUACUGCAAAGACUCGCGGGGUCGUCUCAUUCCCGGCGCCUACAAAUUUGACGCCCUCAUCACCACCUUCGAGAUGAUCCUCUCCGACUGUCCCGAGCUCCGGGAGAUCGAGUGGCGUUGCGUCAUCAUCGACGAAGCCCACCGCCUCAAGAACCGCAACUGCAAACUCCUCGACAGCCUCAAGCACAUGGACCUGGAACACAAAGUCCUCUUGACGGGUACUCCACUCCAAAACACGGUGGAAGAGCUCUUCAGUCUUCUGCACUUCUUAGAGCCCUCCCAGUUCCCUUCCGAGGCCGAGUUCCUCAAGGACUUCGGAGACCUCAAGACGGAGGAGCAGGUGCAGAAGCUCCAGGCCAUCCUCAAGCCCAUGAUGCUGCGUCGGUUGAAGGAAGACGUGGAGAAGAACUUGGCGCCCAAACAAGAGACCAUCAUCGAGGUGGAGUUGACCAACAUUCAGAAGAAGUAUUACCGCGCCAUCUUGGAGAAGAACUUCUCCUUCCUCUCCAAAGGCGCCGGUCACACCAACAUGCCCAACCUUCUCAACACCAUGAUGGAGCUACGCAAGUGCUGCAACCACCCCUACCUCAUCAACGGAGCCGAGGAGAAGAUCUUGGCCGAAUUUCGGGAAUCGUGCCACCACCACGUCCCUCACGACUUCCACCUCCAGGCCAUGGUCCGCUCGGCCGGCAAACUGGUCCUCAUCGACAAACUCUUGCCCAAACUCAAAGCCGGCGGCCACAAGGUGCUCAUCUUCUCCCAGAUGGUGCGAUGCCUCGACAUUUUGGAGGACUACCUCAUCCAGAAGAGGUACCUCUACGAACGCAUCGAUGGAAGGGUACGGGGCAACCUCCGUCAAGCCGCCAUCGACCGCUUCAGCAAACCCGACUCGGAUCGGUUCGUCUUCCUCCUUUGCACCCGCGCCGGUGGCCUCGGCAUCAACUUGACGGCCGCCGACACCUGCAUCAUCUUCGAUUCCGAUUGGAACCCCCAAAACGACCUCCAGGCUCAAGCGAGGUGUCACCGCAUCGGGCAGAGCAAAGCGGUGAAGGUCUAUCGGCUCAUCACGCGCAACUCCUACGAGAGGGAGAUGUUCGAUAAAGCCAGUCUCAAGUUGGGUUUGGACAAGGCGGUGUUGCAGUCCAUGAGCGGCCGGGAGGGCAACAUCGCGGGGAUCCAACAGUUCUCCAAAAAGGAGAUCGAGGACCUGUUGCGCAAAGGGGCCUACGCCGCCAUCAUGGAAGAAGACGACGAAGGUUCCAAGUUCUGCGAGGAGGACAUCGACCAGAUCCUCCUACGCCGGACCACCACCAUCACCAUCGAGAGCGAAGGCAAAGGCUCCACCUUCGCUAAGGCGAGCUUCGUGGCUUCGGAAAACCGCACCGACAUCGCUUUGGACGAUCCCAACUUCUGGCAGAAGUGGGCCAAGAAAGCCGACCUGGACUUGGACCUUCUCAACAGCAAGAACAACCUGGUGAUAGACACGCCGCGGGUACGCAAGCAGACGCGUCACUUCAGCACUCUUCGAGACGAUGACCUGGUGGAGUUCUCCGACCUGGAGAGCGAAGAUGAGGAGAGACCACGGUCCCGACGUCACGACCGUCACCACCACGCUCUCCACCACGCCUACGGACGCACCGACUGCUUCCGGGUGGAGAAACAUCUCCUGGUCUACGGGUGGGGCCGUUGGCGGGAGAUCUUGUCCCACGGGAGGUUCAAACGUCGUCUCUCGGAACGGGACGUGGAGACCAUCUGCCGGACCAUCUUGGUCUACUGUCUUCUCCACUACCGCGGAGACGAGAACAUCAAGAGCUUCAUCUGGGACCUCAUCAGCCCCACCGAAAACGGCAAAGCCAAGGAGCUCCAAAACCAUUCGGGACUUUCCAUCCCGGUUCCUCGAGGUCGAAAAGGGAAGAAGGUGAAAUCUCAAAGUACUUUUGAUGUCCACAAAGCGGAGUGGAUUCGGAAGUACAACCCGGACACCCUCUUCCAAGACGAGAGUUACAAGAAACAUCUCAAACAUCAGUGCAACAAGGUUCUGCUGAGGGUUCGGAUGCUCUACUACCUCCGGCAGGAGGUGAUCGGGGACCAAGCCGAGAAGGUGUUGGCGGGGGCGGUGGCCAGCGAGAUCGACAUCUGGUUCCCUCUGGUGGAGCAACUGGAGGUGCCGACCUCUUGGUGGGACUCCGAAGCCGACAAAUCCCUCCUCAUCGGCGUCUUCAAACACGGUUACGAGAAGUACAACACCAUGCGCGCCGACCCCGCCCUCUGCUUCUUGGAGAAGGCCGGGCGCCCCGACGAGAAGGCCAUCGCCGCCGAGCAGCGCCUGGACGUCGGCGAAGGUGUGGAUUUCGAGAAGGACUGCGAAGACCCCGAAUAUAAACCUCUGGUGGGGACGGCCAAAGAGAUGGACGAGGAGGCCGACCCCUUGAUGCUGCUGGAUGAGGAGAUCUCGGUGGUGGACGGGGAUGAAGGUCAACCUCCUCAACCGGGACAACCCUUCUGGCCGGCGGGUUCGGUGCUGACGGCGCGGCUGCGCCGCCUCAUCGCCGCCUGUCAACGGUCCUACCAACGGGAGCAGCUCCGGGGGGAAGGGACCGACCGGGGGGACCGUCGGCGGCGCCGUGGCGGGGCCACCGGGAGGAUCUACGGGGGGUGGACCCGUCGGGAGCAAGCGGAUUUCUACCGGGUGGCCUCCAGUUUUGGGGUGGAGUUUGACCCCGAAGUGGGUCGUUUCCGGUGGGGUCGUUUCCGUACCUUGGCCAGAUUGGAGAAGAAGACGGACGAGAACCUCACCAAGUUCUUCCACGGCUUCGUCGCCAUGUGCCGGCAGGUUUGCCGUCUCCCACCGGCUCCUGGAGAUGAACCUCCGGAUCCUUCCAUCCCGGUCUCGCCCGUCUCGGCCGGUCGAGCGUCUCGAGGACUUCGGCGGUUGUCCCUCCUCCGUCUUCUCUGGGAGCAGGUCCUGCGGCACCCUCUCCUCCCGGCCCGUUUGGCCCUGUGUCCUCCGCCCGGUCCUGACCUUCCUCCGUGGUGGCAACGUGGUCACCACGAUGGAGAACUUCUCCGGGGAGCUGCUCGUCAUGGUUUGGCUCACCCCGAAAGCGCCAUCUUGGGGGACCCCGACUUCUCCUUCGCGGUGGCCCGUUGGCGUUAUCUCCGAGCUCAAGGCGAGCUCGGGGGAGGACCUCCGCCACCGCCUCAACCGCCUCAAGGUCUUCUGGGACGACCAACCCCACCGGCGCCGGUGGAGGACGAAGACUCCGAGUUGGAGAAGCUCUCGGCUUCCGUCUCCGAUUCUUCCUCCUGCGACGAGGACAGCGAUGAGGACAGGG